AUGGCUGCAGACAACGACAAGCAAGCGACUCGCCCCUACAAAUGUCCCUAUCUCCUCUGCGGGAGGGCCUUUUCACGCCUUGAGCAUCAGACCCGCCAUAUCCGCACACACACUGGCGAGAAACCAUUCGUGUGCACCCAUCCCUCCUGCGAAAAGCGCUUCUCCCGCUCAGACGAACUCACCCGCCACUCUCGCAUCCACUCCAACGACUCCCACCCCCAGCCCAAAAAGCCCCAUCUCGACGACCGUGUCAAGAAAAAGGCCCGCAGCAGAGCCAACAGCGACGAUGAGGGAGAAUCAUACGCCCGCCCAACAGCCAUCGACGCACCCUACGAGCCGCCCCUCCCCCGCCGCCCCGCCUUCCCGCUGAGCUCGCCCUUCAACGCGCUCUCCUCCGUCGCCAUGGACGAGCUCUACGCCCUCGAGCGCCAGGAGGCCCUUCGCCGCGCAGAGUACGAGGCAAGACACGCAGAGGCCCUCCGCCGCGCCAAGUCGUCCUCACGUCAAAUUCCCAUCGAGCACCAUCACCACGGCCACCGCAUCAGCAAAAGCGCAACGACGAGUCCCAUCAUGCGCAGCGCCCGUGUCCUCCCCGCCGACUCUGCCCCGCCCACCGACCACAUCCCCGUCCAGACUGGCUCAAAACGCCGUCUUAGUGGCCCCGCCUGGGUCGCACCGCCCGCCGCCCCCGCCGAACCGCCUCUCCUCCAGUCCCGCUCCUCGGGCCAGCUCGCCGACGCCCUCUAUCCUUAUCAUCCGCCCCAUCCCCAUCACAACCACGACGACUCGCCCUCCCCGAUCAGUUCCGAUAGCGAGCCGCUGCCCACCCUGCCAUCACACUCUCCCUCCCGCAUUUUCCAUCUCCAGCCUCCCGUCCGCUCCCAUCCCCACUCCCCGCCUGCCCGUCCCGCCCAGUCCUCCUUUACCCCCUCCACCAGCCCCUUCCUCGGCCCACUCCGCACCCUCAACAUCCACUCUACCAACCCGAGCAGGGCCCCGUCUCCCAUCCUCCUCCCGCCCCCGUCCUCCAGGCAUUAUGACCACCAUGCUGACGGCGUCUACGGCAGUCCACCGUCCAAUCCGUUUAUGCGCGGAUAUGCCAAGCCGGGUCAUACAUCCAGACGAAGCGAGGGUGCCUAUUCCACCUCCUCCUUUGGUUAUACCCACCCGCCUUCCCAGAUCACCACGCCCCAGCUCUCCAGCGGCCCCAGUAGCAAUGGGAGCAGUCCAGGCAGCGUGCCCCAUGUCAUUGGUGCCAGCGCCUUGUCUCACGGUCAUCACAGCGGUACACUGAGCGCUUCCUCUUCGCGCGCACCCUCGCCUCUCCACUGGUCCCGCGGUUCGCCUCCGUCACACAGCGCAUUCAACCAUCACGCCCAUCACGCCUCUGGCUCGGGCAGCCACCAUCUCGCACACAGUGUUCGCUUGGCGUUUGGCAUGACUCCGAUCCACUCGGUGCCGCCGUCCCGCAAAUCCAGUCCGCCGCCGCCUGUUCUGCCGCGGAAUACCUCGUGGACCGCUCCCUCCAAUUCCUAUAGCGGCCAUUAUUCAUCCCACCAUUAUCCGCCGUCCCAGCAACACCCGCUGUCCCCGCUUUAUGGUGGCUCCGGGACUGCUUCCAUGCCGGGGAGCAGAUCCGGGUCUCCCCCGAUCAGGCUGCCGCCGUUGAAAACUCUUCCGGCGCCCAUGCUGUCGCUUGAUGAUGCGAAAAUGAAGACGGAGGAGGAGGAGGAUGAGGAUGAUGGGUUGACGUUUGUGGGAGGUGGGAAGGAUCGAGAGCGGGAGGACCGAGAGCGAGAACGGGACCGAGAACGAGAACGGGUCGAGCUCCCGCACUUUAGCGAGUUUGAGGCGGCUACGAGGAGCGGGCAGCCGUUGAGCCCUAUCAAUUUGCCGUUGCCGCCGCCGCUUGUGGGGAUAAAGACGAUGGGCAUUGCGUCGCCUGUGCCUGUUGCAUCGCCGUCGUCGGUGUUGGGUACGAUGACAGCGACGGCGAGUAGUGCGUCGGCUUCGGCGUCGACUGUGAGUACGCCGACGACUGCUACUGCCCCGACGACGACGACGGCGGCGACGAUAGGCUCGGAUGCGAGGAUGUCGAUUGAUUUUGUCCGGUCGUGA